CGUGGAUUUUGAAAACACGAGCUCUAACAGAAAUGGUGUAUGUGGAUGAAAUAGAUGUGGAUCAAGAGGGAAUAGCAGAAAUGGUACUGGAUGAGAACGCUAUUGCUCAAGUUGCACGUCCUGGAACUUCUUUAAAGCUGCCUGGAACUAGUCAUGGGGGUCCUAGUCCAGCUGUCAGGCCAAUAACCCAAGCAGGCAGACCUAUUACUGGUUUUGUUCGACCCAGCACACAGACUGGGCGACCAGGCACUAUGGAACAAGCCAUCAGGACACCCAGAACGGCGCACACUGCUCGUCCUGUGACCAGCGCAUCAGGAAGAUAUGUCAGAUUGGGAACGGCCUCUAUGCUCACUCACCCUGAUGGACCUUUCAUAAACUUGUCUAGGUUGAAUUUAGCAAAAUAUGCCCAAAAACCUAAAUUGGCAAAGGCUUUGGACUUGGCAGCCCUUUCCACUGAGCAUUCUCAGUACAAGGACUGGUGGUGGAAAGUGCAGAUUGGGAAAUGCUACUACCGGUUAGGAAUGUACCGUGAAGCAGAAAAACAGUUUAAAUCUGCCCUGAAGCAGCAGGAGAUGGUAGACACAUUCCUCUACUUGGCAAAAGUGUAUUUUCGCCUGGAUCAGCCGCUGACAGCUUUAAAUCUUUUCAAACAAGGUCUAGAUAAAUUUCCUGGAGAGGUAUCCCUCCUUUGUGGAAUUGCCAGAACAUAUGAGGAAAUGAACAAUAUCUCAAUGGCUGCUGAAUACUACAAAGAUGUUUUAAAACAGGACAAUACUCAUGUGGAAGCCAUUGCAUGCAUUGGAAGCAACCACUUUUACUCUGAUCAACCUGAAGUAGCGCUGCGGUUUUACAGGAGACUUCUGCAGAUGGGUGUUUAUAACUGCCAGCUUUUUAACAAUCUGGGUCUUUGCUGCUUCUAUGCCCAGCAGUAUGAUAUGACUCUGACCUCAUUUGAACGUGCCCUUUCUUUGGCUGAAAAUGAAGAGGAAGCAGCUGAUGUCUGGUAUAACUUAGGACACAUAGCUGUGGGAAUAGGAGACCUAAACCUGGCCUAUCAGUGUUUCCGGUUGGCCCUGGCUAAUGAUAAUGACCAUGCCGAAGCUUACAAUAACUUGGCUGUACUCGAGAUGCGAAAGGGCCAUGUGGAACAGGCAAGAGCACUGCUACAGACUGCUUCAUCUUUAGCACCCCAUAUGUAUGAACCACAUUUUAAUUUUGCAGCACUCUCUGACAAGGUUGGAGAUCUGCAGAGAAGUUAUAUAGCUGCUCAGAAAUCAGAAGUAGCAUUUCCAGAUCAUGUUGACACUCAACAUUUAAUUAAACAGUUGAAACAGCACUUUGCUAUGCUCUGAUUGUUGUACACAAAGGAAGUACAGUUGAGGAUAUUUUUUUUUGUACAAAUGUUAUUGCAGAAAGCUUAGUAAAACCUGUGCUUGUUAUAUACAAUCCUGAACUUUUAUAAAAGCUAGUUAUAAACAUCUACUGUAUUUAGGCUGAAAAUCAUAUUCAUUAUUACACCAUCAAAACAAAGGUGCUUCUCUGAUAUUUACAACAUAUUUUAAUGAAACUUUUAAAUAGCUCUUUUCAAGCCUUUGGAAGAAUAAUGAGUUUUUAAUGCUUGAAAACAUCUUCAGAAUCAGAGGUCUGAAAUCUGCAUUUUGUUACUGAGUUGAGAGUUUAAUCCCAGUGGAAAUCUUAGUCUUUUAAAUAAAAUGUUGAAAGCUAUUUUUCUCAUGAAAUAUUCUAAGAAAAUGUGGUACAUUAUUGCUGUAUAUUCAGUUCUAAAAUAAAUUUCUUAUAUACCCUCA